AGGAGUACUGGGUCACAGCAUUCCACAUAACCGUUUCGGUUCAACUUUCAAGUUUUUUGUCCGCGAGAUUAUUCUAUUUGUUGUGUUUACUCCGCUUUAGUAUGUCCGAUUUCGAGUUUACCGAAGAGGAGAUCAGAGAUAAGCUUGCUGAGCUCGGCUACACGAAUGUACCGCGGGAAAAGCUCAGAGAAUUCGCUGAUGAUCUUCGACAGCUCAUGCGUUAUGAAAAGAAAGCAUCUUUAGAGCAAAGAGGCCCAGAAAGCUUCUCUUCACCAGCUAGUACUACAGACUACAUAGAUAGCUACAUCACUACCUCUGAUGAUCAAAGCAGUCCAUUGUCUGGGGAAGACGCUGGGUACAGGGGCCUGGAAGAAAGGGGCCAUCGUCCCAUCCCGGCACCAAUGAGACCCAAGACUGCACCAUUGUAUAAGGGCCAUUAUGUAGAAAUUGGGAAAGAAAACAAGCUGUAUGCCAUCGAAGAGGUUACAAGCCCAUCUGCUUCAGAAACCUCAUCAGUUGACCAGUUUGAGAGACCCAAAAGCAAAAUGGCUAAAAAAAGAAAAGUGAUGAGGAGAAAAAAUGGAGAAGCAAGAGUUUUUGACGAGUCUUUUACAUCUACUGACUCAGCAUCCACAGUCACAGAUAUUUCCGAGUUAGAGCAACAAUUGCGAGAUCUUCCCCUACGUGGUGAUCACAAAUAUGAUGACAUUCUUCAAGAACCUCAAGAUUACAGGCCAUGGGAGGGACGGCAAGCUUCAAAGGCACUUCCAUCAUACAUCAGACCAAGCACCAGUCACCCCCAUACACGAGGAAUUAAAAAAAUUGACCCAGUGAAUAGAUACCAUCAGUUUAAAUAUGAGUGGGAACACCAGAAAGCACCAGGAGAGAAGAAUCGUAAUUUACUCAGAUGGAAUGUCAGGGGGCAGAUGUUACAACAAGAAGUGUAUGAGCGGCCACAAAGAAGAUAUGCUCCAAACAACUAUGUAGUGCCGACAGAGAAAAAAAGACAGUCUUUACGGUGGCAAGUAAGAACUAGUCUCGCCCGAGCAUGAAAAGCAAUUAGAAAUCACAAUGUACAGUAUGUACUUCUAAAUUUUAAAAUGCCCAGCACCUUAUUACUUGUACGUAACAGUCAAACAAAACUCUGGGGGAAGUUCACAAAUCAGUCUAAAACUUAUAAUACGUUUGUAAAGAAAUAGGUUAUAUAUUGACUGUGCAGACUGUUUUGUAUAGCAAACUGCCCCAAGUCAUACUUUAUCUUGCCGUCAUAUCUGAAGCUUGCUUUUUUGCAAAAUGGUAGCAAAAAGACCCUUUGGAUCUCAAUAUGGGCAUACAAUCAUUGUAAUAUCUUUGUAACUGUUGUAAUAAAGUUAGUCAUUAAGAA